UCUUGGAGUAGAUAACUACCAUGAAAUAAAAAUGAAUAUUUAAAACGCCUUAAAUUUAAUUUUUAUUGUAGUUAUACUCUCUUAGUUCUUUUUAACAGAUUAAAUUUUUAGUUGUUAUUUUUCAAUACUAUUAAAUUUUUAUUAUAAUUUCUAAAAAUAAUGUUAGGGGAAUCUAAUGAGUUUACAGAAAUUCUAAAAACCGGGUUUCCUAUGUACUUGUUAAUUACCAUACCCCUAUUAUUAAUUUUGAGCCCUGUUUGCCCUGCAAAUGCUGCUCAUGAGUUUACCGUUUAUCGUGCUCAACAGUAUAGUUUGCAGAGUGCCUCUUUUGGGUCAAAAAACAGUAUUAUUAAUUUAGAAGCUAGGUCUUUAAAAACAUGGAGCAACCGUUCCAGACAUUGUGUGUUUGUUUUAAUGGACAAUUUUACAUCUGAAGAUUAUGAACAAAUAGCUGCUGGUACUGGUGCUCUAGUUUUAAUUGUUCCCUCAAGACCGUAUACUACAGAGCAGCAACAAGUAUAUUAAUUUAUUCAUAAGUGAAAGUUUAUAGUCAUUUAUUUUCAUGGUUUUAUUUAUAUUGUUUUCUAUAACAAGUUAAUUUAUAAAAAUGGAAUAUAUCUGACUUACAAUU